CGAGUUCGGUGUGUAGGCGCGCGGUCCUCUGCUACGCCGUAGAGCUACGCCGCGCUACGACAUCGGAAAGUAUUUCGCGGGUGAACUUUGGUGUUGAAUAGUUUAUUAUGACUGAGUGCUAUGGGAUGUUGGCAGGACGAACUUGAACAUUGACUUACUACCGAUAUAUUAACUACACAUUAAUACAGGCCGCUCGUGUGCCCGCCAUGCUGCCCGUGGUGCUGCACGCGCUGUUGAUCAUCAUUGUGACCGUUAUUCUUUGUUGUCUCCAGUAUCAACGUCAUCAUGUCAGCUCCUGUUCCUGAUGGAGCCACCUCCUCGGCUGUCGUUCUCCAACAGCACGGGCGCGCGGGUAUCGUGUGCAGCACACGGCACUCCGGCGCCCAUCAUAUCCUGGCUCACGGAGGACGGAGCACCAGUGUCUGAUGUUCCUGGACUCAGGAGCGCCCUGUCGAACGGCACGCUGUGGCUGGGCGCGUUCUCAGCGGCGCAGUACCGCAGCGACGUGCACGCCGCGGUGUACCGCUGCCGCGCCGCCAGCACCGCCGGCACCAUACUCUCGCGGGACAUGAGGCUCGAGGCCGUGAUGGACGUGCCCUGGGACGUACGCGUACAGUCCUCCCACGGCGUGGCAGGUGGAGCUGCCCUGCUGACCUGUACUGUGCCAUCCAUCGUGAAGAACCACGUCACCGUCUCCAGGUGGUUCAAGGAUGGAAAUGUACUGGCACCACUCGCCGCUGAAGCUGGUGGUCGCUACAUAGUGGGUGGCAGUCGCAGUGACGUCCUAGUGGUGCGUGACGCGCGCCCCGAAGACAGCAGCUCCUACUCCUGUGAGGCACAGCAUGCACUCACUGGCGAGAAGAGGAGGAGCCCUGCUGCCAUGGUCACUGUCUCACAUGCCUCAUCGAGCAUGGCUCCACGAAUGCUGACCGUGUCCGAUGACGAGAUGGUGCCCCAGGGAGGUGACAUCAGACUAGUGUGCUGCGCUAUUGGUAGUCCACCACCAACAUAUAGCUGGUUUCGCCAUUCCAACGGUCGUCUGAGCCCAGUGUCAAACAGCAUCAGGAUCUCGGUAUCCGAUCAGGUGCUGAUCAUCCGCCGCGCGCAGCUGUCAGACGGCGGAGUGUGGACGUGCAGGGCGCACAAUCAGUUUGGGGAACAGAGGAGAGACGCCAGGCUGAGAGUCAGGUCCAGGCUGGUCGUCAGCGUGCACCCACAGUUACAGGUAGCGAACUCUGGGAGCUCGGUAGCGUUCAACUGUUCGGUGGAAGGUGGGGAUGCUCGCGUGAGAUGGUUGCAUGAUGGGGUGCCGGUGGGGGGCGGGGAGCGGACGCUGAGGGUGCACGGAGUCGUCAGGGCACACCGCGGCAUGUACCAGUGCUUCGCUGAGAGGGACCUGGACAGCGCACAGGCCGCAGCAGAGCUGAGACUAGGAGACACGGCACCGGAGCUGCAUUAUACGUUCAUAGAGCAAGCUUUGCACCCCGGUCCGUCCCUGGCACUGCACUGCGCCGCGUCCGGCAGCCCCCCGCCCCGUUUCACCUGGCUGCUAGACGGACAGGCAGUAGAAGAACACAAUACUGCACAAAGAAGUAUAAGUCAGUUCCUGAACUCUAACGGCGAUGUGGUGAGCUACAUGAACCUGACUUCAGUGCGGCCUGAGGACGGCGGCCGGUACACCUGUAGGGCGCACAACUCCCGGGGAGCCGUCGAGCAUUCCACCAGGCUUAAUGUAUAUGGUCCACCUUCGAUCCGUAACAUCGGUCCUGUGAGGGUGGUGGCCGGCGUGAACACCACCAUCUACUGUCCAUUCUCCGGAUUUCCAAUCAGUGAGAUUCGAUGGCAACGUGGUGGACUGGACGUUAGUUCUACCGGAGGUCGUGCGCUGUCAGGAGUUGGAGGAGAACUGCUGUUGUGGCCAGCAGAGCCUGCUGAUGCAGGAGUCUACUCUUGCAGAGUGACGUCACCCUCGGGACAAUAUGCACAGAAAGAUGUUCAGAUCUUCGUGAGAAAUCCGCCAAAAAUUGCCGGUUUCUCGUUUCCACUGGAUUUAGUCGAAGGCAGCUCAAUACAAGUUCUGUGUGGGAUCACGUCGGGAGACAAACCAGUUUAUUUUUCCUGGCUCAAAGAUGGACAGCAUAUACCGUCUGGCUUACAGGUCCAAGAAAAGUCACUGGACGAGUUCAGCUUCCUCAUAUUUUCUCACGUUACGUCGAAACACAGCGGGGACUAUACCUGCGUUGCUAGUAACUCUGCAGCAGAGGUGAACCACACCGCUAGAUUGGCUGUGAAAGUGGCUCCGUCAUGGGUGUAUGAGCCCCAAGACGUAUCUGCUCUCUUAGGAACCCAGAUUUUAGUGCACUGUUCUACCAAAGGAUACCCUGAACCGAGGAUUUCUUGGCUCAAAGGUCAUGGAUCAGGUGAAAGUGAUUUCCGACCAGUUUCAAACCUGGAUCUCCAGUUCGCUGUGCUUCCUAAUGGAUCUCUGAGCAUAGCACCAGCCGCUCAUCAUCAUGAGGGUCAAUACAUGUGUCGUGCAGAGAAUGGCAUUGGAAGGGGACUUUCGAAAAUUAUUGCAGUAUCCGUCAAUGAGCCAGCUCAUUUCGAGUUUUCCUCACGCAACAUGACUGUGAAAAGGACUGCGCAAGCGACACUGCAGUGUGAUGCACGAGGAGAUCCACCUAUACAACUGCAGUGGACACAUAACAUGAAGAGGGUGGAUCUCACUACUUACAGGGUAUCAGUCUCAGAGAAGCGAUCAGACAGUGGCGUCAGCUCACAACUGAGCAUAGCACACGCUGAACGGCAUGACUCUGGAGUGUAUCGCUGUCGAGCCGAAAACGCAUACGGCAGAGAUGAACUGCUCAUUUAUCUUGCUGUUCAAGAGUUUCCCGAAGCCCCAGUAGGGCUGCAUGUAUCACGUCGUUCAGGUCGCGGCGCAUCCCUAUCUUGGCGGCGCGGGUACGACGGCAACGCACGCGUGUUGCUGUACCGUCUACAGUAUCGCGUAGUGGGGGACACAAGGAGACCUGACGCAGGAGACUGGGCUGACGCACCUACCAGAGAUGUACCAGCUGAGAGGGUCAUUGAAAGACAGGACCCCGACUCUGGCUCGGAAGUGAACCUGGAAUAUAGAGUAGAAGGUUUGCGACCGGCCACAGCAUAUGCACUGAGACUCGCUGCAGUCAAUGCUAUAGGUGAUAGUGACUACUCGGAGCCUGUUAUUGUACAGACUUUAGAAGAAGCUCCAUCAGAACCACCUCAUAAUGUACAAGUUCAGGCGACCGCACCAGGAGAGCUACUCGUGAAAUGGCAGGCACCACCACAAGAGUCAUGGAAUGGUGAGCUCCUCGGCUAUGUCGUAACGUGGCAUGAAGUAUCAUCGUCAGGGGACAACAAGACAUCUGCGCUGACGGCGGCAGGGUGGGGCGCGGCCCACGCGGUGCUUGUGGCGCUGCGUACGCAUGCGCAGUACGAGGUCAAGGUGCGCGCCUUCAAUGCCGUAGGAGCCGGUCCACCCUGCGCGCCACUUACUGCCUCUACCCUUGAAGGAGCUCCAGAAGGUCCUCCGGAGCGAGUUCGCUGCGAGCCACUGUCAGCGCAGUCAGUACGCGUAUGGUGGGAGCCACCCCCACCAGCACUCAGAGGCGGAGUGUUGCUGGGAUACGAAGUACUGUAUGAGACUGUCGACGAAUUGGAGAGUCAAGUAGAGACUCGUCGCUCUGGUGGUAUGGAGACCGUGCUACAGGCGUUGCAGAGAGCUGCCAACUACAGUAUAGCGGUGCGCGCAAGGACCGCAGCCGGGACCGGCCCUACUUCUGAACCCGUUUACUGUGCCACACAUGAAGACAUACCUGGAGCUCCAAUGGACAUAAAAGCAGUAGCCAACUCUGAAGAUACAGUGAUCGUGAGCUGGCUUGCACCACUGCAGAAGAAUGGCAAGAUCAAGCAUUACACUGUCUAUAAUAGACCACAAAGAACAGGCCAGCACUCACAUAUGAUGGUGCUACACAAAGAAGAAGAGGAGGAGUAUCAAGUUGAAGUGAGAGGUCUUCAAGAACACAUCGUAUAUGAGUUCUGGGUGACAGCAGCCACAGCGUCUGGUGAGGGAGAGAUGAGUGCCAUAGUCGCUAGGAAACCAAAUCCUAGAGCUCCAGCUAAAAUCACAUCGUUCGGGCGUCGACUGGAGGCGAAGGAAGGCAGUCGAGCUCGAGUAACUUGUGCUGCGGCUGGCGCGCCGCCGCCACACCGCGCGUGGUCGCGGCGACGACCUGCGCCACCGCUAGCACAUGAUGCUAAUUUCCUCAUCGAUGGACCCUAUCUUAUAAUUCUUAACGUGGACCGCAGUGCAGCGGACAACUACACGUGCACAGUGCGCAACCCGUGGGGCGAGGAGCGCGCCGCCUGGGAGCUGCGGGUGCUGGCGCCGCCCGCGCCGCCGCGCCUGCGCCUCGCCGCCGCCGCGCCCGCCCGCCUGCAGCUACUGUGGGAGAAACCACACUCUGGAGGAUCCAAUAUACAUGGCUACAUACUGGAGUACUCCCGGUCCGACGCCACCAGAUGGCAGCAGACCCGGCUCCCAGCCGACACUCGCACUCACUCGCUGGAGCGGCUGGCGUGCGGCACGCUGUACAAGGUGCGCCUCACUGCGUACAACGCGGUCGGAUCCUCGGCGCCCAGCGAGGAACUCAUUGUCUCUACGAAAGGAGGACCAUCAAAAGCAUCACCAGAAAAGGACCUGAUAACUACGAACAGCACAUGCGUCCGACUCAACUUACUGACCUGGGACAGCAAUGGCUGUCCUUUGACACAGUUCUCAGUAUCUGUGAGGAGUUUCGAGGAGUCGUCCUGGAUGACGCAGACUGUAUCGCCGGCAGCACAGCCCACUGUCCUCUGUGGGUUGACAUUGGCAACCUGGUACCAUUUGAAAGUAGUUGCAGUGAGCGCUGCUGGGACCACCCUGGGGAACUACUACUUCUCUACUCUAACUGAAAAUGGAGAUCGCAUCCCAGCACCAGCUCACUUCCCCCCCGGCGGGGAGGAGGGGGAGGAGCGCGCGACCGCCGUCCUGGCUGCAGCCGGCUGCGGUCUGCUCGCUGCACUACUGCUACUGGCGACACUUGCUUACAAGCGGAGUCCAUCAGCAUCAUGCUUCAGAAAAGGCUACGAGCAAGGAGACAUCUCGGAGGAGGAAGAUAAGUCGGUGGAGAAAAGGGACAACCGGCGGAACUGUCAGCAGGUGUACACGUCCUCGCCCAUCAAGCAUCCUAUUGGGAAGAAGGACCAACAAGAGAUGUACGAGAUAAGUCCAUACGCGACGUUCAGUAUGUCUGGCGGUGCGAGCCGCGCCGAGCCCGCGCCGCUGCAGGCCGCGCCGCCGCGACACCAUCUACAUCACCAUCUGCAUCAUGAGAAUGCAGAUGAGUACACGUUGUCUCGAGCUAUGACGCUGAUGGUGCGUCGCUCGGAGUCUGACUCGGACUCGAGUGGCUCGCCCUGCGCCGAGUGUAACUCCAGUGUGUCAUAUAGGAUGCCUGUCACUCCGGGGAAAGACGAAGUAUUCCGUGCAGUGACGGACUCGAGUGCGGAGUCGGCGGCGGACGCGCGCUCUGUGUCGCAGCGACCGCACGACAAGUCGCGGCGACGACCGCGGCGACAUCACACGCCCACAUCGUCUAGAUACCAACAACGGCAGGAACAAGAGAGAAGAGAUUUUACGAUACACGUAUAG